UCGAAGCUAUCCGCGCGCAGGGAGCGAGCUUCAGUUUUGGUCGAGGUUUUCAGUCGCGUUGUAGGUCGGAAGCUCGACUCGCAAGCUCGUCGUCGCGUACGUUCGCAGAGGAGUCGACGACGACGUUCGAUAGGAAGCCCGCGACCCGCCAAUCUUUGGCGUAAAGCACAGUCCACACCGAGGGCGCUACGCGAAGUCCGCCGGAGCGACCGCAGGGGGUGAACAUUCGUCGAGGGGUCGCGACGAGUCGCGGAGCGUAAAAAAGGAAAAACGGAAAACGGGAAUCGGGAUACGAGAUUUCAAAGCUGCUGCUGCCGUUGACGCUGCGGCGAGAGGGAGGGCAGAGAGUGAGGAGAAACGCAUUUAAGAAUCGUAAACUCCAACGGGAUCGAUAACACGCGACGAACCCGAGGUGGUUCGCCUUGGGCAGAGGAUACCCCGUCUACAUUCCGCCACCGCCGAUGUUGAUGCUGUUGAUGCUUUCGUUCGUCGCACUCCACAGAUUUUCCGUAGUCUCCUAACACUCCGAUACAUAUUCAUCAUUUCGUCGUACGUUUCGCCAACGUGUUGUAUGCUUUCAAGGAAUACGCGUUUACGUGAAAAAGUGCUCAGGUGAUGGUUUUUUUUUCUUCUACGAACGCCCACGUACUCUAAUGGUUCGUCGGAUAGGAUUCCGCCCGUCGUUCCUAUUCCCGCAAAAAAGCUAACGAAAAAUAGUUAAACUUCGAAAAAAAAAUAAAUAAAUAAUAAUAAAACAAAGGACUGAAUCGCCCGAGAAAUACGAACAGACAAACGGAACUGGAUAACAAAAUAAACGGAAAAAAGUGAUAUGCCACUUUCAAACGAUACUCCUCGAUAUCUGCCGAAGAUUUUUCUCCCGAGGACGUUGAACUCUGAAACGGAGUCGCGGUUGAUAAACUGAAGUUAAUGCGUUCACGCGAUAAGAAUGUGAAUGAAGUUCUGACGAGUCGAUAGUAUUUUUGAAAAUCUGCAAUUGCUGAACAGCGUCAAAAGGAACCGAAAGAAACUACGGAGAAAAGAAAAGAACGGGAAUCGAGUGAAGGAAUUUUGGGGAAAGAAGAAAGUCAAAAUUUACCUUUAAAGAAUUAUUUGUGAACAAAACUUCGCGCGAGCCAAAUAAGAAGCGGAGGCGUCGUAUUAUAAAAUUCAGGUAGUGUGUCAUAAACCUGUUGAAAAAAAUCGAAAGAAAAAAUAAUCUUUCAGUGAGUGUUUAUAAUUAUAUGUGAUUGUCUCAUUUGCUGCACCUAUAUCUACUGUAACUGCGACUGCAUCGUAUAAUUGUGACGUCUUCUGUACAUAUAACAUCCUUGUGUCUGUGACGUCUAUGACCCUUAUCUCUGUUAUAUCCGUCUAAUUAAUUAACCAAUUAAUUAACCAAUCGAUCAAACAGAAGGAAAGCGAAAGAAAAAGAGUAUUUCUUUUGUGGCUUCUGUCGUCCCGUAUGUGACAAACAACGCAGAGAGAGAAAAAACGCCGGGUGUGAUGAGGGGUGUGGGUUAAGCGAAAGAUCGCCUAGGUGCGAAAAGAGGAGUACGUGGAAAUAUGCCGCCAUCUCUUACGCCGCUCUUCAGCCCAUUGCUGCUAUUGGUCGUCGCAGCCAGUACGAGGGCCUUCAACUCUCGACAAGAAGAAUGCACUUUCCCGUCGCGAUGGGAGGGCAGUUGGUUCCAGAGCGGCGUUCGUCAGCCGAUCGUCGUUUCGAGAAACACCUUGUCCAGCAAGGGACGUUGCCUCCACAACGAGGGCGACAAAUUUCUUCUCGUCAACGAAAAGUCUUGCUAUCGCUGCGUCGUUAUUCACGAGAAACAUUCGAACGUGCUCCAGUACAAAGAAACGUUCUGCCAUCCCAGGAAUACCUUGGCAUCGUUGUGCUCGUAUAUAACGGGGGACGCGUUGCUCUACUCGAUGUUCAGAGAAGAGGCUCAGGCUGUAGCGUGUCCGUUUCGAGGGCCGAUGACAUUUUCUUACAACAGAGGUCACGGGACGUGUUCCAGUCCGCAGAGUAACGUCGACACGUGCACCGAGGACAGCAGACUUUUGUUCCGGUACCAAGCGUGCCCGGACGUUCCCGCCUCCGAAAGCGCAGUGGAGGAACUCGAGUGUCUGGCGACGUGGAAGGAGGGCAGCAGUCGUUACCUCGUGGGUCGCCUCCACCAUCGGCACGCUUCCAACAACGAGGACAGAUACCGCUGCUUCGUCUACGAGAGAGUGGGCCAGUCGAUCGGGAAUAUGAAUCGGGGCGGCCUCGGGUUCGGGGGCCUCGAUCAAGACGUCCCCCUCCUCGGAGGGCCGAUCCCCGAAGGAGCACCCGAAAUUUAUCGGGUCGCACAGAGCGGCGACGCCACCUGCAACGGCCUUUUCAGCACAAUGGAAGGAUCGAGGUCGAUGACGCUGAGAAAAGCCCCCUCCCCCGGGAAAUGCAGAUUCCCGAGCUGGUUAACCGGACACACGGCAGCCGGAGGUUUGACCUGGCACACCUUGGACUUGGCUCGCUCGUACACCUUUCAUCCGGGGAAUGCUUCCCUCCACGUCACCAGGUCGAACUCGACGUUGAUUCGUAACGACAACGGGGCUAACGAGGGACAGGAAAUUCCCGGACAGGAGGAACAGGACGUCAAGAUUCUAUGCAACAGCAUCAAACAGUCGAGUCCCGCCCAAAUCAUGGCCAUGCUUGUCGCGCAUUUCACCGUAGGAUGCCGUAGCGGGUACAUGUGCAUGACGUUCUACAGAAGGGACGGUCACGUGAUAGAAGUACAGACCGGAAACGCGGUUUCGAGACCGGAGGAAGCUUGCAGCCCGCCUCACUACACCUCGCAGAAUAUCCCCUACGUCACGUUAGUCACAAGUUCACCGGAGCCCAGGCAGUGUCCCUAUCUGGGAAAGUUUACGGUUACCGGCCUCAAUCGUAACCAAAGGAACACGCGGGAAAAUCGUCGAGCGCACGAGUCUCCCCAUCACUCCGACAAGGAAAAGCUUCGUCACGCUCAGGAAAAAAGUGCAACGACGGGGGACGACCGACACGGUAGGAAAGUCGAUUUCGAGGUGGAAACCAGGCGGGCCAACAACGAAUAUCUCGUCCACGAACGCCGGGGGAGAAAAACCAGAUCGAAUAAAAAGAAUGAAGCGCAUUUCCGCCGGGGAUAUUCGUCGGGAAAAGGGAGGAGCGCCAGGUCUGCAAAAGGGGCAGAGGACUUCCGGUCUGAGGGCGACGAGCUCGCGAGACGUCCCCGGCUUUUUUGGGAGUCAAACAAGGAAGAGAGACAGGCAUCGGGGGAGGAGAAACUCGAAGGUGGCAAAUCGGACCUCGAACAAUCCCACCUAGAUUACUUCGGGGACUACGACUUUGGGAGCGCACCUAAAAAACGUAGCGUUAAGGGAUCAUCGGCCGAAACUUCGUCGGGAUUCGAUCGUGCGGAACCGGUGCUCGGGCCGGAAAAGAACCUCAAGGAGGACCGGGAUCGGUUCAAAGGGGAGUAUAAAAUCCACGACAGGAGGGAGAAGAGGGAGGAGGAAGAGCCGAGAUGCACGUCUGAGGUAACGACGCUCACCGUCGGAUGUUCGACUGCCGACCGAAUGGAGUUUCAGGGCGAUUGCGCCGACGACGACGCGGUGACGGCCUACUCCUGUCACGGACGGUGGUUCGAUACGGAAGGUACUCAGUUCGUUAUAGCCACGCCAUUGGCGACGAGAAAAACAACGUGGUCGAACGAUAACAACAGGCCGCAGCCCUUCAGGAACAGCAGGAGACUCUGUUUUAUGUACAGGGAGAGCGGGGGUGUCGUCAGUCUCACUGCGAGUCCGAUCGCCUGCCAAAGAGGGGCACCGCCUCCACCCCCGAUGCUCGCUUUCAACGCUACCAGCAUAGGUCAGUGUAUGGAAGACAGCGCGGGUGUUGGGAUAAAAAAAUCGGGACUCGGGAUGAGUUUCUUGAUAAUUAUAAUCGCGAUAUUCAGGUGAUUUUGAUAGUACGUGAAAUAUAAACAGCUGAAAAGGAAUAUAAAGGAUCUGAAUGUUAUCCUGGGCGGAAAGAGAGGUUGGAAGAAUUGGAAGCAAGAGCUAGUGUAUAUUCAAAAGUAAGAAGCAAAGGCUGUACGUGAAAUUUCGACUGGUCGAAUAACGCGCAGAGAUUAUUACAGACGGUGAAUAUUUGACCAAUCGAAAGGUAGCCAAUAGCCGACUGCGGUUGGUUGGGGAUCGUUUUCGGCGUGUACAUAUUAUUACGUCUAAUUAUGAUUUCGUUGGAGAAGCACGAAAAGAGAACGAAAGAAAUGAAACAAUAAUAGAAAAUACCCAAUAAAGCAAAUUGCCACGCGCUGGUAAUUCCAAUGAUCUCUCUACGCACCGAAUAUCCACACACUGCAUGCAUUACGUAAUAUAUAGGUAUACACACGGAUAAUAUGUGAUUAUACACCAUAUAACGCAUCAUAUCUACCUGUAUGUGCGUACAUAUUACGUGCAUCAAACCGACGCACGCUUCGAACUCCUUCAACGAAUCGCAUGUAGGUUUUUUACCGGUAUAGGUACUGUAGGAAUUAGAUAGAUAUUUUAGGCUAGUUUUAAUGCGAUUAAUUAUUCACAGGAAACAAAACCACAGACAUAUACAUACGCAAACAUAAUACUGACUACGUAUGAAAUAAGGCUAUGGUUAGACCAUAUCAUGGUGCAUUUGCAAAUACAUAAUUAUACAACACACGUACAUAAGUGUAGAGUAAAUAGUAAGAUGUUUUAAUACCUAUUAUACUUGUGUAAUAUGUACUGUAGAUAAUAAUAAAUUAGCGAGAGUCGAUGAUUAGCGUAAUAAUUGCGAGGUGAACGAAUGUGUCUAUAAAAUAUAGGGUGUAAUAUAAUCGAUGAAAAGUUAGAAUCUGAUUUAGUUUAGAUAGAGUUUACUUUUAACGAAAUAAAUAAACGAUUAUAAAUAAAUAAAUGAAUAAAUGAAUAAACAGAUAACCAAUGAAUAUUGGACCGAGGAUGUCGAGUAGGUACAUAAUUCCAUUUGAUACCGGUAAGAGGAGGAAAAAUAAUUGACCCGCAGUGAUUGAUAUAAAUGUAAUGAAAAGUAGGACGAAAGAGAUAAUACAUAAAUAAAAAUACGAUAUAUUAUAUACGUGUAUAUAUAUUAUAUAAAAACAUUUUAAUCGAUAAUUUAUAUCAAGUGAGAAGUGAUUCAACGCAAUAUACAACUUUACCGUGUAAUAAGUUAUUUGAAACAAAAAAAUUUAAAUAAAUAAAUACAAUAGAAAAAUUUAAAUAACGGAUAAAAUAUAUGCGAAUCGAGUUGAGUGAACCGCGAGAUCGAAACGUCAAGAGAAAUCAAUGAAAAAAGAGAACAAAAUAUAUUAAUUGAACGCCCCGCUACGUAAGGAAAGGAAAUUCUUUAAACAAAAUGAGAGAAAAAUAAUCGAUUUGUAAAAUGUAAAUUGCUAUAACUGUGAUUAUCCGAUAAGUUGCGCAGAAACGUACUACGUGUUAUGCAAUAUCUUGUUUGUUUUUGUGCUUAAAACGGUACGACAUGUUUGUAACGUAAGUAAUGUCGAGGGUGUAAACGAGAAAGUUGAUAGAAAUGCGAAAUACUUACUUAUACGACAUACGUAUAUGUUCAAUACAAUUAUAUAACUUGGAUUAUUUUACACUGUACACGUACGGAGAGAGGAAGUUGCUCCGCGAUGGAUCGGACUCGAUCGCUUAUCGUGAGUAAGGGCUAUCGACAUUGAAUCGUACCUACAACGUACCAAGUUACACGCGUCGUCGUCAAAUUUAUUGGUACUUACAGAAGCAAAAGAAAAACAAACAAACGAUUGAAAUUAAUUAGAUAGGUGGGUAUAUCGGUAUAUUAUGUGUGAACGUAAACGAGAAGAGAAACACACACACACACACACACACACGCGCCCAUACACAAAUGCACACAAGAAACACGUACCCUACUUGUGUAUAAAAAAUCGUCUCUACGUAUAAUAUAUAGUCUGUAAACUCUAAAGUUACACCUAUACCCAUCGACAUAUUUAUGGGGGCUGAAUUUAGCAAAUGCGACUAUCUCUUAUUGAUCACGCAAUUUUUACACAAAGCAAUAAACGAUACAUACCUAAUACCUAUAUACAUAUGCAUAUAUUUAAAAAUGAGUGAAAUACAUUUAUAUUUGAAUGGUUGAAGAUAAACGCAUCGGGGGAGCUGCUGCUGCAGGGCAUGUGAAAUUUGAACAUUAAAUAAUCCGGUGGUGUCUAUUUAACGCGAAAAAUUAAUAACUCAAUUUAUUAUCUAUAUUAUUAUUGAUAUUGUUGAUAAUGUAAUUUAUACAUAGUCUAUAGACUAUCUAUCAGUCUGCCACCCAAACGCAUCGAUUGCGAUAAUCGUAUAUAUGGAACAUUUUUAUAAUACCCUAAUCGAGUGACGAUAACAUUAAUUUUUUUAUCGCCUUAACGGCACUUCUGUACAGCUUAUUAAAAUUCUAUCAUAUUUACGUUGUUUCUUUUUUCUGAAUAUUUCGGCAGAACUCCUCUGUAAUUUGUAGAAAUUCGUGAUCAAAUCCACGUCGGUCGAACUUAUCGUAGAGUGUAAUCACUUCGUUUCAUUCGAUUCUAAUAAUUUGUUUUUCAAAUUUUGUCUUCUGUGGGAUCGCCAGAAGUGGAUUGACUUUCUGAAAUCGAUGAAGCCAAUUUAGGGCAAACCUCGGGGUUGUUAACUUUCGAUUAGCAUUCCUUUCGUUUCAAACGGGAGGAACAUCUCGAAUUGUAUCGGUGACAAAGUUCGAAAUCGAUAUGCGUGUAUACCCAUGUCAUACGUAUAAUACAAAGUAUACGGUGAAGGGAAGGCACAUUACCCUUUUCCAUCAAACCUUGUCCCUGUAAUUCGUUUCGACGCACGCAAUUAUCAGUUCGCGACCGUGAAAACUUGCGCGAGCCCCGGGAAUCAUCGGCGACAAUGAAAGGAAAGUUUUACGUUCACCGGCCCGAAAUCGUCGAAUUAUAACGAAUCAAACCACAGAUGAGAUACUAGAUCCGAUCCCGAGCCAACAAUUUUUCAAUCUCCUUUCGUUCCAUGUUCUUCGAUGUUUUUUUUAUCUCUUCUCCUCGCGAGAAUUUCAUUCACUUUUCUCGUUACAUUUACACGCGGAAUCGAGGAUCGAUUUUCAUCCCUUAUAAUCUAGCUGUGGUCGACUAAAACCGCGUCUAAUUUCAGCGCUACGUUGCAAACACUGCAGUGCGGAUGAUGGAAAGCCUUGUCUUUUUCUUUUUUAUCUAUUUCUCUAUUCGGUCGGGUUCCAGUGCCACGUAUAAUGGACUUUUCUGUUACCUACCGCAAUAUAUACUGCAGGUAUAACGGUAUCUUUCAUUUUAUACAUCAAACUUUUAAUAGCUCCCUGUCAAAAGUUUCGCUUAUAUGCCGAACUAAACGCUGAUGCGGUUCGGUGGCUGUAGAUGACGGGGAUCGACGUGGUUUAUUUUAUUUAUUUUUCUUUUCUUCGAUACUUUAUUUAUACCGCCUGCCUUUUUUUUCUAUCUUCGUUCACGAUUCUCCGCAUGUUGUGUAAACUGUAGAUAGAUUGACGUGUAAAAGCCUAAGCAAAAUCGCAGAGAGAUAAAAGUAAAAGGAAAAAAUUUCAUUCCAUCGACGAUAACAUAUUAUGUAUGAUUUUAAUUAACUAUCGCUUCAUUUAUCGAACAAUUAGUACAUUAUAUCCCUUACGCACAAAUUGUUACCAUAAAGUGUACGCGUGUAUCAAUGUAUAAGAUAUAAUUUGUAAUUUAUCAAACUCGAGGGGUUUAUCGCUAACCGACGCGUUAAUAAUUUAUUCAAUCAUAAAAAACAAUAAGACCCAUGUCCGCUGCGCGCGAGUGAAAAGAAAAUUUCUGGAUUCGUUCGGGAAUCGGUUGUAAAAAAGAUCGACCAGCUUCGCCGUCAACCUCUCGAGUAAAAUGGACGGUGCGAAGCUACAGUGCUGUAAACGAAAGCUUAAUUUGCCGCGAUUAGCUGUAAUUACAAAAGCGUAGGAUUUUAGAGCGUACCUAACAUAUUGAACGUAAUUAAGUACACAAUAGGAUCGGAUAUAGGUUAUUGAUGGAUCGGGAAUACUUCUAGCGUAGCAUAUGACUUAAUUCUAAGGUAACAAGCUCAUUGUGACAGCAAUCAGACGGAACCCCCGUGAUCAAUUUUUGAAUUUUUUUAACCGCCGUCAGUGACGUUCACGCGUCAGAAUGUACGUCACCGUGUCGUAAUCAAAUCCCACAGAUAUCUCUGGAAAGUGGGUGAGCUCUGACCGUAACCGUAACUUUUAUCUCUUAUCGUGCAACGGUUUCCUAUAUGUAGAAUUUUUACGACGAUCAAAUUAUUAAGAAUUUUAAAAGAUGUGACGAAGAUAAUGCGAAUGUAACCGGGAAAUUCGAGGCACCUCCAAAGAUCCGGUGAAUAUUUGGCACCGGACCAGCAAAAUGAAAUGAAAGAAAAAAGUGAAAAAAAUCGCAGUCAACAAUCAUGCUUUCAUGGUACAAUCAAUCAAUCUAUACUUUAUCGAUUACAUGUUAAUAAAAAAUCAAUCAAUUUUCAACAAUCGUGAUGAAUUUUAAAAAUUCAAAAGACAAAACCAAAAAAACAACGAAACUACGAAACCGAACAGGAUCACGUACAGGUAUUAAAUAUAAAUAAAGCUCACGUAUACAUCAUAGCACGUCUGAAUAAUACGUAUACCGAAAAAGCUAUGAGAAGAAACGGGGAAAUUUCUAUUGUGAAAAUUUUUAAAAUAUAAAUAGACAAAAUACAAAAAUUAUGUCCAGAGAAUUGAUCACGGGAAAAUGGUGUACGAGGAGUGCAAUAUGUCGUACCGAUGUACGUGUAGGUAUUUCACGAACGAAAAGACGAAAGAAUGUCAUUGAACAAUUGCGAGGUCGACGAUGAUGGUGACAACGAUUGAUCGUUGGACCUCCGGAUGAUCGUUUGAUGAACGAGUACCUAUAGUCAUAACGCAUCAUUCGCUCGCUCGAUGAGCAACGACGCGGCGCAACAAAACCUGCAGCUCUACUAAAACUGACUAUCAAAAAAUUUUUAUAAAAAAAAUUCCAAAAAAAAUCGAAUGAAAAAAAUAAUAGGCGAUAGAAAUGUAAGAGGUAAAAAUUAAGGAGAUAUCGGCUGCUUCGGAGUAUGUCAUAGAGAUUAUCGUAACAGGUACUCUCCGCGGUCACACCGUACGUAUACCUACGUAUGAUCAACUGUAUGAUAUUAUUAUAAAAUUAAUGUAGCGUAAGCCUCGAUUAUUGUAAGGGUUUAUGGACGUUAUCCAGACAUUACCGCGAUAUGAAUAACUGUAACAACCAGCGACAAAUCUCAACUUCUAAUUUAGAAAAGCUUCUCGGUGCAAAGAAAACAAAAUAAAGAUGAACGAAUAAAUGGUUAUUACGAUUAAAAGAAUCAAAUGAACGGGACUGAUCCUCACAGUUUAGCAACUAUGUCCACAAUACGCAUAAGUAUACAUAAAUGAAUAAUAUCUGCAUCAUAUUAUAACAAUAAAUACACAUGAUUAUAGGUAUGUAUUAUCGAUAAAGACAAACAUAGCAGUUAUUGAAUAGCGUGGGAUGAACUCGUUAAUUAUUGAUAAACUAUAGAAAUUAAAUUUAAUUAAAUAAAUUAUUAACAAUAAAUAAAAUUAUUCGCGAAUACGAGAAUUAACAUACACGAUACAAUAAACAUAAAAGUAGUAUACACGUACGAGACAAAAAAAGCACAAAGAUUUUUUUUCCAGCAUUAGUUCGAACAAAAUUAAUACACAUAAAUGCCGCGUUAACGAAACCUUUUCGUACAUCUGCGAAUAAUUACCUAUGAAUAAUAAUGCCUGCAAAUGUACGUUUUAAGCCAAUUGUAUUGUUCUGAAAAAAAAAAAAAAUUUACAUUUACAAAAGACAAAACUGGAGAAUGGUAAAAGAAUGGUGAAAAAACAAUCGGAAGGAAGAAGACGAAAUAAGUAAGAAUAAAAAUAUGUAAUUCAGUCACACGUGAACAAUGAUAAUUGAAAAUUUAUAUAUAUAGUAUAGUAUAACACAAUAAUUGGUACGAAUGAAACAUGUAAAUCGAUAUAUUAUUAUAUUAUAAUAAUACGAGUAAUUGUUGACUGAAGAAAAUCAAGUGAGAGUGUGUGUGUGUGAGAGAGAGAGAGAGAGAAAGGGAAACACGGAAAUCAUUUGACAUGUAAUGUUUCGAACGCAAUGUAAUAUCGAGUAUGAAUGACGAGGGAAAAAGAAUAAUUAAUUAAGUAAGAAAGAAAGAACGAUUGAAACAAAAAAUUGAUUUUGAAUAACAAAAUUAAGUGUGUAAGCUACCUGUGCCUUGUAACAAACUAUAUAUAUACAUAAACUCUCACGGUAACCUAUUAUUAACAACGAUCUGUGAUAUUAAUUCUCCUCAUUCUACAAUCCAUUUCCUGCCGCAUUUCCGCAUCAAUUUUACUCGCUUAAUAAUUUAACUAUUUUCCAAAUUUCUAGUUUCGUUCCGAUUCAUUUCUCUUCUAAUUUUCCGCUAUAUAAACGAUUCGUCGUUUGAAAAAUGGACUCCAGGACCUUUCGUUACUUAGCAUUCGCUGAAUAUAGGUAUGUAUACUAUACCUAUGCGGUAUAUGUUAGCUCCGCUUCGUGAACGGCCUUUGAACUUUGUCCUGAUAAAUUCAUACAGAUUCAAAGGCAGCCGACAAAUCGUCGCUGCUGCUGGUGCUGCAUUCGGUAUCUAUCAAUUAGAGUCGCGAUCGCGAUGGAACACCGCCGCCGUUGCUGCUGCAGUUUCAUCGGGAUGUAGAACGGAAUACAAGUAUAAUCGGACAUAAAUUUUCCGUAUUAUCAAACUACGAUCACGGCACGACGCGACGGUUCAAUUUUCGAGUACAACUUCACUCCUCAUUAUAUUCCACCCUGGAGAGCAGAAAUGGCAGAAAGUAGAAUGAAAGUAUGGAUUUCAGCAAUUAGUAAAAUGGGGACCAGGCGCAUACGGCGAUUAAUUUUGCGAAUCACAAUUCUGUACCCAGAUACAACGGAUGUAUACGUAUAAUUGACCGAUCGAUUUUCCAAAUUCGACACACGAGACGCGAUAACGCGACGAUCCCCGACGAUUCCGGUGAUACACGCGCAUCAGAUAGGGGGGAAAAAUAACAUUUACCACUACGCCGCAUUGUGAUCCAAUUGUAAGACAUGA